CAGACUGCAGGAACAGGAACAUCUGCACGGCUGGCUCUGCUGCAGGAAUGGAGAUCCUCAAUUCGUCUGACUUCACCAACCAGUCCAACCAUCACAGCAUCUUCACCAACCAGUCCAACCAUCACAGCAUCUUCACCAAGCAGGUCCUUCCCCCUUUCUACAUCGCCGUCUUCGUUCUGGGCCUGUGUCUAAAUGCUGUGGCCGCCUGGAUCUUCUUCAGAGUCCCAGCAGACUCUGGCCUGGUGGUCUACCUGAAGAACAUGGCGGUGGCCGACCUGCUCAUGCUGCUCUCCUUCCCCUUCAGGGUGGCUGGUUACUUGGGCUAUGAGAGUUCGGACCUCCAUGUGAUCAGGUGUCGCUACACUGAUGUACUCUUCUACUUCUCUAUGUAUGUUGGAAUCCUCUUCAUCGGCUUCAUCAGCCUUGAGCGCUACGUCAAGGUUGUUUGCUUGUCCCCUUCCUCCUCCACCAUCCCUUCCUCCAGAUUCAGUGUUGUGUCUGUGCUGCAGCAUAUCCAGAGGCCCACCUUUGCCCGGGUUCUGGCGGUCCUCACAUGGAGCCUCCUGUUCCUGUGUUCUGGCCCCAAUGUCAUUCUGACAAGCAAUCUUCACAAGAAACACGAACCAGGAUGUGUGGAAAUGAAGACGCCACUGGGCCAGGAGUGGCACAAAGUCUCAAGCCAUAUCAGCGUGUCCUUGUUCUGGGUGACGCUUGUUACUGUGACUUUCUGCUACACCUCAAUCGCUCACCAGGUGUGCAAGACGUACCGCCGCACGCGCCGCGACACCACCGACAUCUGCCGCAAGUCCAACCGCAGCAUCUUCAGCAUCCUGGUGGUGUUCUUCAUCUGCUUUGUGCCGUACCACAUCUGCCGCGUGCCGUUCACUCUGAGCCAGUUCAGCCAUUCAGGCUUCAGCUCAGAUGUCAAAUUCUGGCUUUUCCAGAUUAAGGAGGGAACGCUCUUCUUGUCGGCGAUGAAUGUCUGUCUCGACCCUGUGAUCUAUUUCCUGAUGUGUGGGACUUUCAGAAAGUCUCUGCUGAGGAAACUGUCAGUGAGAGCAAAGAGGAAGUCGCUUACAACCGCUCAGAGUCUCAGCAACAUCUAGGAGAAGAGGACAAAGAAAUGAGGAGCAAAGAGAGAAAAGGUGGGAGCAAAAGAAAGAAGGUGCUGAGCAGUGAGGAGAUCCUUGGUGACGAUCCAAACUGGAUGAUAUGGAGACCAGAACCAGUCCUUAUGGGCUGGUAUCUUAGAUCUUUCACACUGAAUCAACUGAUAAUCUUCCAGAUUACCAGGUCCAGUUAUUAGCGUCCAUUAAGCUUCAAGGUGCGUAAAACUGGGCCUGUGCAGAAGCAACAAUGAUGGACUCUAGUGCUGUGUGGACCUUGCAAACGUAGCAAAGUCUGAGAUGAUCUGAGCUUUGGUCCAUUAUAGAUCAGAAGAUGGGUCCAUUGUGGCGAUUGAGGACUGAUGAAGGUCAAAGGCGACACUCAGCAGCCUGAGCCGUUGAUCCAAAGCAAACAGAUCCAGGCCUUCAUGUUCACACCAAAGACCGACCCAACCAGCUCAACCUGAGACUUUCUGGACCAGAAACUCUUCCUCCGAUGUCCUGCUACUCACUAGAUAGUUUCUCCGUUUUCAGAACAAUCUCUCUUAAUCUGAGAGAUGGUUGUGGGUUCAAAUCCUUGUAGAUCAGCAGGUUCUGAAAAACUCAGACCAGUUGUGCUUCUGCUUAGUUCACAAGAAUAGCAAACAUGAGUUUUAUUUAUCGGUGAGUUUUAUGUUCAAUAAAGCAUUAACUUGUGUUGGACUGUUUUGAUUUGGCUCAUUUCAUGGAAAUAUGUCGAAAUCUGUUUUUAAUUUCACUGGAGGAAUGUUUUGCUUUUUAUCCAGUUCGAUAUGUUUAGAUGAUUAGCGGUUAGCGUCAGGAACUGGUGGAUAUGAGGUGGUGAGGGAAACGCCGGAACCCAGAUGAGAAAAUGAUGAUUUAAUGUAGAAAUAAGAAGCGCCCUAGUUGUCAUGUUCCAU